GGGACUUCCGUGUUGGCGGGAUUCUGAACGCUGCCAUGGCUCAGACUGUGCAGAACGUUACACUGUCGCUCACCCUGCCCAUCACAUGCCACAUUUGCCUGGGGAAGGUUCGCCAGCCUGUCAUAUGCAUCAACAGCCAUGUAUUCUGUUCAGUUUGUAUCGAUUUGUGGUUGAAGAAUAACAGUCAGUGUCCAGCAUGCAGAGUCCCGAUCACUCCUGAUAAUCCUUGCAAAGAGAUUAUCGGUGGAACAAGUGAAAGUGAGCCUAUGCUGAGUCAUACAGUUAGAAAACACCUUCGGAAAACUAGACUUGAAUUACUCCACAAAGAAUAUGAGGAUGAAAUAGAUUGUCUGCAGAAAGAAAUAGAAGAGCUUAAGAGUAAAAAUCUCGGCUUGGAAUCACAGAUCAAGACUAUUCUGGAUCCUUUAACCUUAAUGCAGGGUAACCAUAAUGAAGAAAGGCAGCCGAUAGCAGACAAUCCAAGUAAAGUUGACUUUGACUCAGAAACUGUGGCAGAGUGGAAGAAAAAACUGAAAACAGCUAAUGAAAUCUAUGAAAAAGUGAAAGAUGAUGUAGAGAAGCUAAAGGAGGCAAAUAAAAAAUUAAAAUUGGAAAAUGGGGGCCUGGUGAGGGAAAAUUUACGACUGAAGGCUGAAGUUGAUAACAGAUCACCCCAAAAGUUUGGAAGGUUUACAGUUGCUGCUCUGCAGUCCAAAGUGGAACAGUAUGAACGUGAAACCAGUCGCCUCAAGAAGGCCCUGGAACGAAGUGAUAAAUAUAUAGAGGAACUGGAGUCUCAAGUUGCACAACUCAAAACUUCAGGCGAGGCGAAAGAAGCUGUGAAUUCCAUUUGCCAGAGAGCUCUUUCCACAGAUGGCAUGGGGAACAAAGGCAGUGAGGAGGAUGUGGCAUCAAAAGGCCAGGGUGAUGGUGCCAGAAAGCAGCCUAGCUCACCCCACUUGUGUUCUCCUCACCUGGCAAAGCCUUGCAGCAGCAGACUCUCUGAUACCAGUUCUGCCCGUCAAGAAAGUACCAGCAAAGCAGAAUCAAAUUGUUCCAACAAAGACCUUUAUCAAAAAGAGGUAGAAAUAAUGUUAGAUGUGACAGAUACAAGUAUGGAUACUUAUUUGGAAAGAGAGUGGGGUAAUAAAACAAGUGAAUGUGCUUCCUACAAAGAUGAAGAACUUUAUGAUCUUCCAGCCCCUUGUACUCCUUUGUCUCUCAGUUGCCUUCAGCUCAGUACUCCAGAAAACAGAGAAAGUUCUGUUGUCAAAGCAGGGGCUUCCAAAAAGCACUCUAACCACCUCCGAAAACUAAUGUUUGAUGAUUUUUGUGACUCUCCAGAUAAAGAUUCUUCAGAGGAUGCUGUAAGUAGAAGUGAAAGUGAAAAGAAAUCAGACUGUUUUCCUUCCUCAAAGAUAGGAUUUUGGGAUUGUUCCUCUACAAGCUAUGUCCAGAACUUGGGUUUUGAAAGCGCUAGGGGGAAUACCACAGCAAACUCUGUUGAGGAAAUUUCUUCAAAGCCAAAUGAGAGGUCAGGCUCAUGUUUAUCUAAGAGAUUGCAUUCUAUUCGCUCUUUUGAAAUUAAUCGGACAAGAACUUCCAGUGAAGCAUCAAUGGAUGCUGCUUAUCUUGACAAAAUCUCUGAGUUGGAUUCAAUGAUGUCGGAGUCAGACAAUAGCAAGAGUCCCUGUAAUAAUGGGUUUAAGUCACUGGAUUUGGAUAGGUUAUCAAAGUCAUCACAAAGCAAUGGAUUUCUUGAUGAACCUGAUAAGGUGGAAGAAAGAACCAAGCGGAGCCUUUCCAAAGGUUCUCUAACCACUAAUCACUUAGAAAAUGGAAAUGAGUGGAAAUCCGCUUCUUUUUUUCUUCUUCCUCCGUCUGACCAAGAAAUGAAUGAAGAUUUUUCACUUCAUUCCAGUUCCGACCCAGGAACUAAUGAACUCAAACCCCUAAGCUGUUUGUUUCAGACAGAGCUUUCCCAGGGUGCUUCGUUAAGCAGUUCACACCAGCUAUUUGAAGAUCAAAGGUUUGGGUCAUCUCUGUUUAAGAUGUCCUCAGAGAUUCCUGGUCUUCAUACUCAUGCUUCUCUUCAGUCUCCAUGGUCCUUUGUGCCUGAAAAGAGGAAUAAAAAUGUGAAUCAUUCAACAAAGAGAAAAAUCCAGAGCAGCCUUUCCAAUGCCAGUCCCUCAAAAGCUACUAAAAGUUGACUCAUUAAAAAGAUAUCCUUUGUGUUUGUGUCAUGGGAGGAAUAUAAAAGUUUCUAAAGUUCUUUUUUUUUGUUUUUUUGUUAGAAAAGUAAUAGUUUAAAUCCAUCAUUUUUAGCAAGUCAGAAUGGUGCAUUAUCCUAAACCCAGAAUACAGUUGUUCAUUUUGAAAGGUGUUUG